AUGUCUUACACGUCCUCCUCGCACUCCUCGUCCUCCGCCUCCUCCUCCUCCGGGUAUGUUUACAGUGACCAGAAGUCAUUGUUUCCGGAUGGAGCCCAGAGCACGUAUGCUACCAUCCUUCCGCAUAGGCAACCCUCAUCCCAGGGUAUCAGCCAAUCUCAACCCCAGUACCAACCACAACAUACCAUGUCCGAUGGGAUGAGGAGGUAUCUCGACACUCGGUCCUGCGAUGAUCCAUACUACGCCAACGCACGGAUCUCGGAGCGGCAAGUUCACUCUCUUCACCUCCAGGAGGAGAUGGCCAAGUUCGACAGACAAUUCUAG